UAUUAUAUUUUUUUAUCGAUCAUUUUUCAAGAUAAUCUUUUUUCCAAUGAAAUCAGAUACACAUGAUUGAAAGAAUAUACGACCAUAACUUUCUCUGCUCGAUCUGUGAUCAUUUCACAUGGAUCGCAUCUUUCACGUAAACUUCAAACGAUAUGAAAAAGAAAUGAUAAAAGAUAACAUCUAGACUUUACAUAAUAACAAUGAAAUAUAAGAAUAAAUGGAUACACAAAGGUGUAUCAAUUUUUAAGAAUUUGACAUUAUAGAAAGUAAGACAUUAAAGAAAAAAAUAUGGCUGCUGGUACUGCUUCAUUGAAUGGUGAAUACUUCAAAGUUGCACACGAUUAAAAUGAGUCAUGAUUUCUUUCAAGAGCCGAUUAAUUUCUCAUUUAAUGGAUCACUUAUAAAAUCAAAAUGACCGACAAUAAAUCCAAUGUCGUAUUUGUUAUUUAUUUCGAAAUAUUUUUCUAAAGAACGUCGCGCAAAUUCUUCAAUGGAUUUUAACGAAAGGAAAAGAAAAAUGAUGAAAAAUGAUGUACGAUUACUCGCGAAAUAAUUUUUUUAAUAUCAAUUAUUUCAAUACAACAAUAAUAAUCUUAAAUAUAUCUAUAUCAAUGAAUCCGCGAAUAGAUUGGAUUCUAAGGGCAUGAAGGAAUAUUAAGAGGGCCGGUUUAACCGGUUGACCCUACUUGUUGUUAACACCUGUGUAUAUUUCCGCGACUCUCGUGUAUAUGUGAGAAACGUUGGAGAAAAUUGCCGGUUUGAACGGCCAGCAGGAGCAUACACUGGCUCAGUGUCGAUCGGACCGUCCGAUGGUACGAUCGAGUAAUACAACGAGGACGAAAGUUACCUCAAACUGUUAUUCGCCUGAUCUACUUUAAACAAAUGCAGUUCCCGGCAUUUGAUCAUCAAGGUGAUUAUAUUCCUUCCGAAUCGAUUCGAUUGGGAGACACGCUCAUUAAAAUCUCUUUCUAUUUGAUCAUACAAGAUCGGAGUAAAUUCUUAUGUUAUGACCACGUGAUUAUCGAGAACGUUCUUGUCCUUAAUUCUUGGAGGAGUCACGAAGUAAAUAAUGUCAGUUCCAGUAGGUAACGGAUCUCACACGUCUUAGUACUUAGCAAUCUAUUUGCCCGAUUUUCCAAUUGACAUUCGCGUUGUACAUACAUAUGUACAUACGUAACGCUUUACUUGCGACUGAUUUCGACGUCAUAUCGAGAUAGAUGAACGCAAGGAUAACUUGAGCUCAAACAAUGGCUACCGGGCCGGGAUGAGCGAUACUUCAAGGACAUUAAUUUUACCAUUGCCAAGAAGAGAAAUAGAAAGGAAAGAGAGAGCUGAUGAUAUGAAUGACUCGAAUACAACCACGCCUAUGUCGGCUAAAUGUAAACCGACGACCUCUUUGCUGUUGACACGAUGGUUAGGAUCAAAGAGUCCUUCUUCGCAGGAUAUUGAAAGUGGUGGUUGGUCGUCGGAACGUUCGAUGGAUUAUGGAACACCACCACCCGUAGAAGAACCUCAUUGUUACUCUAUGUGUAUCAGCGAAAGCUCUAGUGCCGAAGAAAUCAAUUAUUCCUUGCAAGUUAACAAAGACAUUAUCAGAAAUCUAUUGAUCGAGCAUACGAGACAAAUAGGAAGUAAGAUACAAAUUUUAGAAGAUCUUGAAUUGGGAAAGAUCGACGUGGAAGAUAAAGAAAAGAUAGCAAAUAGUUACAAACAGGAAGAGAUCGAUACGUUAUUGUUACAAGCUAGCUUUCUCGGUCGUGCGGAUUACAUAGUUGCUCUUGUAAAGUGCGGAGCUAAUGUGAAUACCUCGGAACAAGAACAAAAUUUAACUCCGUUGCAUCUUUGCGCGUUUAGUAAUUCGCUAGUCGGUGUAGAAUACUUGAUCGGCCACGGAGCCAACGUAAAUUCCGGUAAGGGCCACACCCCAUUUCAUUAUGCGGCUUUUGGUAAUUCCUACGAGGUAGCACGGUAUUUCUUACAGAAAGGUAUCACCGAGGAAUCGUUACACUCGGAAGAGACGGUACUUCAUGUAGCGGCACGUAGUAAUGCUUUGGAAGUGUUAAAACUUUUGGCACCAAAUAAUGUCUCAUUGAAUCGAUUGGAUGUUAACGGAUUCGCACCGAUACAUUACGUAGCCGAUAGAGGGGAUCCAGCAUGUUUGAAGAUACUUUUACAAGCUGCUUGUCAAGUUGAUCUAUCAAGCAAGAAAGGCGAGACCGCAUUGCAUCUAGCUGCCGAAGCUGGAUGUCUCGAAAACGUUGAUCUAUUGUUGGAAAACGAUGCGAACGUUAAUUCGAAGAAUAACAGAGGUCAGACUGCAUUGCAUUUGGCAGCUCGUUCUCAUUGCUUGGACUGCGUCGAGCUUUUAUUAAGGAAAGGCCAUAGCGAUCCAAACGACGAAGAUAUAGACGGUAGAACGCCUCUUCAUUUAGCUUUAGGUAGAUCGUUGUUGGCAUACGACGUUACCGAAACUCUUAUCAUCUGGAGGGCAAACGUUAAUAAGAUCGAUAAAUAUGGUUAUACGCCACUUCACGUGGCUGCUUUGAACGAGUUAUCGCAAUGCGUUGAUAUAUUGAUACAACACAAUGGCGACCUCAGUGCAAGAACCAAGGGGGGUACCAGUGCAUUGUCAAUAAUACUACGUAAAACCCCAACAUCCUUGGACGUGUUCAAACAAAGAUUAGACGCCUCGAUCACUCUUCAUCAACAUAGGUCAGCCGCCGGUGAGAUCGAAUUGAGACUUGAUUUUCAUCCCCUUCUGCAACAUCAACAGAAAGGAGAGAUCGGUUAUCUAGGUACUUUCGUCAAGGAAGGUUACAAAGAGAUACUCGAGCAUCCUCUUUGCCAAUCGUUUCUUCAUCUUAAAUGGCAAAAGAUCAAAAAAUAUUAUAUCGGUAGAUUGUUGUUUUAUCUGCUCUACGUUCUCGUCCUUACCGCUUGGGUGAUAACUGCUCUUGCUCAUAAUUGUUACAACGAGUCCCAUGGACAGGUAGACGAUCCUAGUACAACACUUUGUGCCAAUACCACAGGACUAAACGGUUUUCUUUAUAGGCAUCCUGUAGUGUUAGAGGUCGAAUGGUACGCCUUGGUAGUUCUUACCGUAUUAGAAGCUCUUAGAAAGUUAACAGGUAUCUUAACUUACCUUUCUGUCAAACAGUUCUUCACUCAGGCUGAAAAUAUGGUCGAAUGGUGCGUGAUAUUAAGCGUCUUUGCUACGUCCUUCGUUUAUACCGGCAGAACUUAUACUUGGCAGAGUCACGUUGGUGCUUUCGCUGUAUUAUGUGGCUGGAGUAACCUCAUGCUAAUGAUAGGACAACUUCCGAUGUUUGGUGCAUACGUAGCUAUGUUUACCAGCGUUCAAGCACAAGUAUUUAAACUCUUGCUAGCUUAUGCCUGUUUACUCGUUGGUUUUACCGCUAGUUUCUGCGUUAUAUUUCCACGAUCGAAAUCGUUCAGCAGUCCUCACACAGGUCUUAUAAAAGUUCUCGUUAUGAUGACCGGCGAGUUAGACUUUGAGGAUUUAUUUUUCCCUGGUGAGGAGGAAGGUGGUAAAUCAGUAGACGUAAGCGGUACCUCGUGGAUUCUACUUCAAGUGUCUGCUCAACUAUCAUUCGUAUUAUUCCUUCUAUUCGUCACUAUAGUAUUGAUGAAUUUGCUCGUAGGUAUAGCGGUUCAUGAUAUUAAAGGUCUUCAAAAGACUGCAGGUCUUGCUAAGUUGGUACGACAAACGAAAUUAAUUUGUGACGUUGAGAGAGCUCUCUUUCUUGGAUUAUUGCCUAAUAAAUUGACGAAACUUUUAUGGUGGACGGCUGUCGUAUUGCCGUCACCAUUACGUGCUAUUCUCACCGUUAGGCCAUUGAAUCCUAGAGAAACGAGAUUACCUCGGGACGUUUUGACGGCCGCUCACAAGGUUGCCAAAGAUAGGAAAUUUAUAAGUGGUACCUUAACCAGUAAAAAAAGUAAUAGCACGUAUUACACUUAUGUUAAGAGCGAUGGCUAUUCGACGAUCAGAAACCGCUUUAACGAAAACGAUAUCCUUACUGAGGACAAUGGCAAUAAAUUCAAGGACGAACUCUUGGAAGUAAGAAAAAUUUGUGAGAAGAAUCAUCAGCUUAUACAGGAUCUUGUUAUUGCUCUUGCUAUGGACAAGAGAUAUAAUAAAGAACAGCAAGAGGAUGAGAAUCAUUAGAGGGACUAGAUUAGAUCGGAUCCGUGAUCAACGAGAGAGAUAUUAAUUGGAUAAUUAAUUUCUUCUAACUCGUUAAAAUUCUAAUCAACAACGAUCGGGAUGUUUAUCGAACUUCGUUUGUUCUUUUAUUUUUUUUCUUUUCCUUUUUUGUUUCUUU